GAAUGGUAGGUGGUAAUGAAGUCAGGUGUGAUGACAUCGUCCAGUGGGCCUCCUCGGCGCCAGUCCCGUGGAUUCGUCCUCCGCACGCAUCACUUGACCUCCCCUCUUAAUCCCCUAGACAACCAGCCUUCUUUCUAUUCUUUAUCCCAGUCACACCACUCUUUCCACUUACUGUAUAUACCCAGCCAUCUUCCAUACCUGCCCAGCGUUCACAACCACCCUAGCAUACUACUACUCAUCCCACCCAUCUAAGCUCCAACAAGUCUACCCCGCAAUGGACCUCAACACUACUACUACAGCUACCUCCAUCGACGAGACCCCUCUCUCCGCAUCUCCCGAACGUCGCAGUUCCCUGGAGAAGCAUCUCCAGCGGCGUCCCGACGUGCAGGAUCUCAAAGACAGACAUAUCCUGCUCGAUACGAAUGUUGCUCCCUCCCUCCAAGCAACCCGCCAAGAACUCGCCCGCCAACGCACCACAGACGCCUUGAAGAAACAUCUUGAACAUCGACCGGAGAGGGAGGAGUUGGUUGAGAGAAACAUCCUCCCCACCACCCACGCCGCCCCCGCACUGCAGGCCAAUGCUCGUGAGCUCGAGAAACAUAUGUUGGCUGAUCACCUCGACCAUAAGAUUCAGAAUCGGCCGAAUCCCGAGGAUUUGAUCUCGCAGGGCAUUUUGACGGAGGAUGAGGAUCCGAGGUUUCCGGCUGUUUAGACUGUUUUAACUGGUUUAGGGGAGGUGGUAUGAUUGAUUAUGAUGAUGUUGAUGAUGGAUGGGUAAUGGGUGGAUGGAUAUGGUGUUUGGUGUUUUCACUUCAUUUGAUUUGGUUUGAUUUGAGUGCUUCUGAUUUAUGAUGGUUGUUUUCUGCAGAUAUUGAGUAUUUAGUAUACUCGUACAUGAUUGAUGAGGUAAUGGUCAUGCAAUGUUUAUUUUCAUGAUACUGUUAGUUCCUUGAUAUGCAUGUACAUCGUACAACAUCCGUCGUUCCCCCAAAUCUCCUGUCACCCAGGAUGAAACU